AUGCCACCGAAACAAAGGAAAUCAAUUGCAGCUAUAAAUUCAUCAGGUAAUACUGAUUCACCAUGGAAGUUACUUACUCGUAUGGAAUUAUUCCAUGUUAUAGAUGAGAAUAAUAUCCCUAUUACUUCAGAUAAGUUGUUAAAAGCAGAUCUGAUUAAUUUAAUUGAACUUCAUUUAAAUGAUUCAGAUUGUAGGAAAUGGUUAGAGUAUUAUGAAAAACCAUUACCAUAUCCGGAAUUUGGGAAAAAUAAUACUAAUUAUAAUAUUGGGAAUACAACUAACAAAAAAAAGGGACGAUAUUCAGUUCCAGCAUAUUUAGCAGUUGCAGAAUUAAACACAGAGAGGCUUGAAUCUGAUAUAAAUUUUCAAGAGAAUACAAUGGAUUCAACCCAAAGAGAAAUGCAAAAUAUUAAUGUAAUGGAGACUUCUUCAUUUAGUGAAGAAUUGGAUAGUAAUACAUAUUUAAAGACAAAGAUAUCAAGUCCUAUAUUAAUAAAUAGAAGAAAAAGGGAUUCUAUAUCUCAUAAAGUUGAUAGUAAUGAUAAUAUCAACACAACAAAAGUAGUAGCUCAAGAUCAUAAUAUGGAAACAAAUAAAUCUAGCUUUUAUUUACCUUCAUUUAAAGCUUUAUUUAGUUUGUUAUAUAUAUUUCCUUCUUUAAAAAAGAUUAUUAUUUUGAGUUCAAUAACUCUAUUAUUUAGUAUUGGAAUCAUAUUAUAUAAUAAAUAUUCAAUUUUUAUUUUAGAACCGAAAUUUUGUGAUUCUGAUUUGAAAUCUAAAGAUCUGAAGUCAUCAUCUUGCAAAAUAUGUCCUGUUAAUGGUCAUUGUAAAUAUGGAAUAUUAAAUUGCAAUUUUCAAUAUAAAAAAGCACUAAGAUAUAUUCAUGGAAAAUGGACAGUUUUAUGUAUAUAUGAUGAUGAAGCCCAUGAUCUAGCCGAAGAGAUGUUAUUAUAUAUAACUAGUAGAUUAAGAAAGCUUAAAGGCUAUAAUUUAUGCUAUAUUAGAGAUAAUAAUAACCUAAGUAAGUUAAGUGAACACGAAAUUAACGAAAUGAUAAAAUUAUCAUUUAAUUAUUAUAAUGAAGUUAUAAUAUUGAAUGCAAUAUCCAUAAUGUGGAAUUCUAUUAAGAAUAGUAAUGUAUUGAAAAAAUAUAGAUUGACAAUAUCCACAAAUAAACUAGAGAAUAAUCAAAUAAAUCGAAGGAAUAUUGAUGAUAUUGACAAUGUAUCUAAACCAUUGUUAAAAUUUGAUAAUACUGACAUAAUUGUGAGUAAUUAUAGUACGAUAUCUUCAAAUAAAACGAAUUAUGAAAAUACGAUAUAUAUAGAGGCUAUAGAUAGCCAAAUACCAUUAUUAUGCCAAAUCAAAUUAUACUUGAAGAAAUGGGCUGCAAUAUAUUUAGGUAUAUUGCUUAUUACUUGGCUUUUAUAUUAUUGGGAUUAUAAAAGAAAGAGAGAGAAGUUAAUUAUUAAUAAGAUUAGAGAUAUUAUAUAUAGAGAGAAUAGAAAAGAUAUUACUACAGGGUUAUUUAUUGGUCCUGAUACAUUAGCCAUAGCCAGACUAUUGCGUACUGAGCUACCACAAUAUAGAAAUUAUUUGACUGAUAAUCAAGUAAAUAAAAUAUGUAGAUAUGUUGAGGUUUUAGAUCCGAAUAUUCAAAAAACUCAGUUAUCGGAUAAUAAUCUACCUUAUUAUUGGGUAGCUAAGGAUACAAUUGCAGCUGACUCACUACAUAAUUCUCAAAUAUCUAUUAAGAAUAAUAAGCGAGGGUUUCUUCGUUUAUUUUUCCUUUUAUCUCCGUAA